GCAUGGAUAUUUCAUGGUCAGACAGAUCAACAGGGAUACAUAUUUAAAACAGAUUAAGUAAAAAUGUAUUUAUUUUCUUAAAAAACGUCUUAAAUCAAUGUUUUUCUGUUUUUGUCGGUUUUGGCUUCCGACCGCGUUGCAAAGAGCGCGCCCUGACGUCAUCACGUCGGGACGAAUGAAGCGUCAUCCUUUCUGAUGUAGAGCGGCACGGCGGCCUUUCUUUGCUGCUCUACAUUUCCUUCAGUCUUCCCACUCUUAUCCCGGUAAUUUAGCUUUGAAUUUCUCUAACCAUGACUCGAAAGUCGCCACUUCUCGCCGCCUGCCUGCUGCUCCUGGCUGCUGUGAGCUUGGAGGUUUCAGCGAGCGGUUUGGUGAACGAGGACGUGAAGAGGACCGUGGACCUGGGCACUCAUCUGGCCAAGAUCACCGCGGAGAUCGUGCUGUCCAACCAGGGACACUCCGCCGUCCAGAGCUUCGUGUUAGCGGUAGAGGCUGACCUGGCCCCGCACCUGGCAUACAUCGGAGCUUCGGUAAAAGGUGACGAGGAGGAGGAUGGCAUACUUGAACUCCAACAGACAACAAUUCAGGGCCAAAGUGGGGAGUUUUACAAAGUCCAUCUGCCCUCCAGUCUGGCAGCAGGUGCUCAGCUAAAAGCGAAGGUGGAGAUGACAUUUAGUCAUGUCCUGAAGCCCUUCCCCACACACAUCACACAGGCUGAGCGCCAGCUUGUCGUCUUUCAGGGGAACCACUACCUGUACUCCCCAUACCCCACCCGCAGCCAGACUACACGUGUCCGUCUGGCCUCCAAAACUGUGGAGAGCUACACCAAGCUGGGUAACCCCAGCAAGAACGAUGAGGUCAUCGAGUAUGGACCAUUCCGUGAUGUGGCUUCAUUCAGCGAGGAUACCAUGAAGAUCCAUUACGAAAACAACUCGCCCUUCCUCACCAUCAGUAGCAUCACUCGGACCAUUGAGGUCUCUCACUGGGGUAACAUUGCUGUGGAAGAGACCAUCGACCUGAGGCACACAGGAGCCAUCCUGAAGGGGCCUUUUUCACGUUACGAUUAUCAGCGCCAGUCAGACAGCGGCAUCUCAUCUGUCAAAUCUUUCAAGACUAUCCUUCCUGCCUCGGCCCAGGACGUCUACUACAGAGAUGAGAUUGGAAACAUCUCCACCUCCCAUCUGCAGGUUCUGGAUGAUUCAGUGGAGGUCGAGGUCAGGCCUCGCUUCCCCUUGUUCGGAGGCUGGAAGACCCAUUACAUCAUCGGCUACAAUCUGCCCAGCUAUGAGUAUCUCUACACCCUCGGUGACCAGUAUGCACUGAAGAUGAGACUGGUGGACCAUGUGUAUGAUGACCAGGUCAUUGACUUCCUCACUGUGAAAAUCAUCCUGCCCGAGGGAGCCAGAAAUAUCAACUUGGAUACACCUUACAAAAUUGAUCGCAUGCCAAACCAGCUGCACUACACAUAUCUGGAUACCUUUGGCCGACCAGUGCUGGUCGCCACCAAGAACAACCUGGUGGAGCAUCACAUUCAGGAUGUUGUGGUUCAUUACAACUUCAACAGGAUCCUGAUGCUGCAGGAGCCCCUCCUGGUUGUAGGGGCCUUCUAUAUCCUCUUCUUUACUGUCAUCAUCUACGUCCGUCUGGACUUUGCCAUCACAAAGGACCCUGCUGCUGAGGUGCGUAUGAAGGUGGCCUCCAUCACCGAGCAGGUACUGACUCUGGUCAACAAGCGUCUGGGUCUGUACCGACACAUGGACGAGGUGGUCAACCGCUACAAGCAGUCCCGCGACACGGGGGCGCUAAACAGCGGUCGGAAAACUCUGGAGGCCGACCACCGCACCCUCACUAAUGAAAUCAGCUCGCUGCAGGCCCGCCUCAAAGCUGAGGGCUCCGACCUGGCUGAAAAGGUCGGGGAGGUGCAGAAGCUGGACGGCCAGGUGAAGGAGCUGGUGUGUCGCUCCUGCCAGGAGGCAGAGCGACUGGUGGCGGGUAAGGUGAAGAAAGAGGCUUACAUCGAGAGUGAGAAGACUCUGACUGGCAAGAGACAGGAGCUCGUCAGCCGCAUCGACAGUCUGCUGGAUGCCCUCUAAACUACUCCUGCCACACACACACACACGCAAACAGACAGACACCACACUGCAACAACAUACAACCGACUGUUUGUAUGAAUGAAAAUGAAAUGUGACAAAAGCUUACACAUUGUUUUUUUUUGUUUUUUUACCAUCUUUGAACCCUGACAUGGACAAUUUAACAUCUCCUCUCCUGGUAGUGAUGGGUUUAUCCAAACACUUGUGCCUUGUGAUAAACUUGAGGUCACUGCGCGCUCAGCUCCACAGCAGCUACGUCACAACUUUUUUGUUUGUCUGUUUUUAAGUUUGUUGAGCUUCACUUCAACUGCGUCACACUGCUCGGACUUCCUUUUCAUGUUCAAAUCUGGACUUUGUUUUGUUUUUUUCUUCCCCCUCUUAUGUAUGUUUGGUUAUGGGACUUUUUUGGAAAACUCAUAGCAGAAGGGCCCAAGUGUUUUCUUCUCAUGUCUUUACUCACAUAUACCGUAUUCUAAGAUUAAAUCAUCUUUUGCUUUUAAGCAUGAAGGUGACCUGUUUCAAAUCGUAUCUCUUUUGCACUUACAACUUUUUUCUACUCGCCCCCAACUGACAUUAUAUUUGAACAAAUUUGAAGCUCUGAUUCCGUGUCAUCCCAAAUGCUCGUUUUUCAUGUUCUUCGGUCAUAUUUUAUACAUUUUGUAUGAUUUUGUUUUGUAAGUGGUUUCUUUUCUUUCUUUUUUUUUUGGACCAUGAGAUUAGUGAAUACAUGAGAUUAGGUUGUAUGCGAGAAAAGACAUGGGGGAUUGGACACGGAUGAAAAUGGAAUGGGCAAUGAUAUGGAAAGCUGUCAAAUUUGAAAUAAAGUUUUGAGAAACUCA